UGGAACUUGGAGGGACUAUAUUCUUAUGCAAUCCAAUUAUAUAUAAAUUUGUGGAUAAGAUAUUUCAAUAACAAAUUGUGUCAACUCAUUUCUCUGAUAUAAGAAAAACCAAGAAGUGAUAAUAGUACCGCAUGCACAUAAACUGUCCCUCUCUCAUUCUCCACAGCCAAUCCCAGAACUCCAACAAAGGAAAUUACAUGGAUGAUUUUGGAAAAGAAAGGCCCAACUGUGAAACAUCUCGCAAGAAGUCGGGAAUGAGGACCCUUAUCAGAAAAGAGUGGCUGCAUGCAUUACCAAUCAAGGAAAAGGAUCUAGACGACAAGAUGCCACUGCGACCAACACCAGAAUCUGGCCUCUGUACCUUUUGUGUGAAUGGUAAUAACUGUAGAACUGUUCGGUCAAGAACAAAACUGAUGAACACCGUUUUAGAAAGAGGGAGGCCCGAGGAAGCCAACCUGAUCUUUGAUAGCUUGAUUAAAGGAGGGCAUAAACCAUCUCUAAUUACAUACACUACCCUGUUAGCGGCUUUGACAGUCCAGAAGCGUUUCAAUUACAUCCAUUCCAUUAUAUUUGAAGUGGAAAAAAGUGGUAUGAAGCCAGAUCCAGUUUUCUUCAAUGCUGUUGUUAAUGCAUUUUCUGAAUCUGGAAACAUUGAGGAAGCAAUGAAAACUUUCUUGCAAAUGAAGGAGAGUGGGAUAAAGCCUGCAAUCAGCACUUUUAAUACUUUGAUCAAAGGGUAUGGAAUUGCUGGAAAGCCUGAAGAAUCUAUAAAGAUAAUGGAGUUAAUGUCGCAGGAAGUUAACGUGAAACCAAAUUUGAGGACAUACAAUGUACUUGUUAAAGCAUGGUGUAACAAAAAGAACUUCACCGAUGCAUGGAAUACGGUAGAUAAAAUGAUAGCUUCUGGCUUAAGACCAGAUGUUAUUACUUACAAUACGAUAGCAGCAGCUUAUACUCAAAAUCAUCAAACUGAAAAGGCUGAAAGAGUGAUUUUAGAAAUGCAAAGGAACAAUGUGCACCCUAACGAAAGGACUUGUGGCAUCAUUAUAGGUGGAUACUGCAAAGAAGGUAGACUAAAGGAUGCCUUAAGGUUUGUAUACAAGAUGAAGGAUCUUGGAGUUCAUCCUAACCUUGUCAUUUUCAAUUCACUGAUCAAAGGCUUCCUUGACAUGUCAGACAGCGACAGUGUUGAUGAGGUUCUUACAUUAAUGGAAGAGUUUGGUGUCAAACCUGAUGUCAUUACUUUCAGCACCAUCAUGAAUGCCUGGGCCGCUGCAGGAUAUAUGGUUAAGUGCAGGGAGGUCUUUGAUGACAUGGUCAAUGCUGGCAUUCUACCUGAUGUUCAUGCGUAUAGCAUUUUGGCCAAGGGUUACGUCCGUGCAAUGGAACCAGAAAAAGCAGAAGAAGUCCUGAAUGACAUGAUUAAAUCUGAUACUCGUCCAAAUGUUGUGAUUUUCACUACUGUAAUUAGCGGAUGGUGCACUGCUGGUAGAAUGGAUUCUGCAAUGAGGAUCUUCGAGAAGAUGUGCGAGUGUGGGAUAUCUCCUAAUCUGAAGGCUUUUGAAACUCUGAUAUGGGGCUAUGCAGAAAAUAAAAAUCCUCAGAAAGCGGAAGAGUUAAUCCAAAUCAUGGAAGCAUUCAACGUUCAACCCGAGAAAAGCACUUAUCUGCUUGUUGCAGAAGCCAGACGUGGCAUUGAUGUGGCCAACUCAGUUGAAGAGCAAAACUGGAGUAGUAAACUCGAUAUGAAAGACGAAACGGAAGUGGAGAACUUAGAAAAAGUCUACCAUAAGGAUGCUGUCCAUCAUUGUUAUCCCAAAUUUUUGCAGAUACCCAAUGAAAUAAUUAAUGAACCAAAGGGGCCAUUAACUGCAGCUAAAAGAGGUCGCAUGGUGCUAAGAGAAGCUGAAAUUUCGUCUGAUACUUUGUCUGGUGCGACAAGGUCAUUGCAUAUUAGCUGUAGAUUUGGAAUGCGUGCUCCUUUUAUUUGCCAGAGACAAUUCCAAGUACAGCUUUGUGCAUCUGGUCAGGUUGGACACUCAAGUACAGUUGUGUUCUUGACCUGAAGAGAGAAGUGGCUGUGAAGGUAAUGUGAGUCUUGUACAUACAAAGAGCGACUUCAAAUUGCUGAUAUCUACAUCUGUAUCCACAGGUCUUGUAAAGCUUUACUGAUCAUUUAACUCAAAUUUCAUGUUGUCCAUUGUAUCGGCAUACUGUGCAGCUGUAGAAAUCAUAUUUGGAUAUAUGCAAAGUCCAGUUGUAAAUGCACUGUUCGAUCCUCAGUAUUCUUACAUCCGUAAAUGACUCAAAAAUGUAAGGAGAAAAUUUAUGCAGUUUGAAAUUU